AUGUGUUGAGGGCAUUGAACAAUUGCCCCCAGACUAGAGCUUCUCUCUCACAUCCUCUCAUCUCAAUUUUGUUUUGUUUUGUUUAUUCACUCAAGAUUUACUAAUUCUACAGGUUCUUCCAAUCCAGCUAUCUUUCAAUUUUAAUUAAUCGUAAAUCCCCUUUUUGAUUCUUUUAAUUAAAAUUAAACCACCCCACUUUAAUAAAGCAUACAUACACAGAUCUGUAGUUUUAUUAUUUAUUCAUUGACUGUUUUACUAUUGGUUUCAUUAUUCACACUUUUUGAAGCUUUGAAUACGACGUCAAACACUUUGAUUUUAUCAAAAUCAUUAUUUAUUAUUAUUAUUUUGCUCUGUUUCUCUCUCUAUCAUUGCUAUUUUGUGAUGGUGAUUAGUCUUUUGACCGAGAAAAAGAGAAAUCAGUUAAAGUGAAUCACUCUAUUUCAGGAAAGAGAAACCUGAAAUAUGGAAUUUCUUGAUGUAAUGUGCACACAUUGGUGACUGUUUGUUCAUUUAUUUUCGAUAAUUCAAAUCUUGAAUACCAAGUGUUCGAUAAAAUGCCUGUGUGUCUCGCACCGCAAGAUAGGGCUAACGGGCAGGUGCUAGAUCUUGCCACUGCUGUAAAAGAUGGGGUUUUGGGUGGUGGGGUGAGUUUUGGUUGUGGGUUUGUUGAGAAAUUAGAUCUUAAUAUCAUGAUUGAAGAGUUGGAUGAACCUGAGGUUCCAUCAGUGUUCAUUUGCCCGAUUUCACUUGAACCGAUGCAAGACCCGGUUACGCUCUGCACCGGGCAGACGUACGAGCGGUCUAACAUCUUGAAAUGGUUCAAUUUGGGGCACUUCACCUGCCCGACGACGAUGCAAGAGCUUUGGGAUGAUUCGGUCACCCCGAAUAAGACCCUGCAUCAGUUGAUCCACACUUGGUUUGCUCAAAAGUACCUGCAGAUGAAGAAAAAAUCCCAAGAUGUUAUCGGAAACGCUUCAGAGGCGUUAGACAGGCUUAAAAAAGUUAAGGGUCAAGCGCGUGUUCAGUCGUUGAAAGAGCUUAGGCGGAUUGUAACGAAUCAUGUUACCGCGAGAACCGCGGUGGUUGAUAAAGGCGGAGUGAGUGUUUUAUCCUCGUUGUUAGGUCCGUAUACGUCUCACGCGAUUGGGUCCGAAGUGGUUUCGAUUCUUGUAAAUCUGAGCCUUGAUUCGGGUUCCAGAUUGAACUUGAUGCAGCCUGCGAAAGUGUCGUUGGUUGUCGAUAUGUUAAACGAAGGUUCGAUUGAAACGAAGAUUAAUUGCACCAAAUUGAUACAUACAUUGAUGGAAGAAGACGAUUUCGACUUUGAAAUCGUCUCCAGCCAUAGUUUACUAGUCGGGUUAAUGCGGCUCGUUAGAGAUAAGCGACACCCGAGCGGAAACUUGCCCGGUUUAAAGCUACUUAAAUCCAUAUGUUGGCAUAAACAAGUGAGAGUUUUAAUCGUUAACAUCGGAGCGGUUCCUCAAUUAGUCGAACUACUACCUGCGAUGAAUCACGAGUGUUUGGAACUCGCAUUGCACAUUCUCGAUGCGGUUUCUACCGUAAAAGAAGGUAAUCUAGCAUUAAGCAGUUGUUCAAACACCAUACCAAACAUGGUUAGAGUGUUGAUGAGGGUAUCCGAAAGUUGCACGCAACUCGCGCUAUCGAUUCUAUGGUCGAUUUGCAAGGUGUCACCCGAGGAGUACUCGUCGGUCGCUGUGGAUGUCGGGCUUGCGGCGAAGCUGCUUCUUGUUAUUCAAAGUGGUUGUGAUCCUUUGUUGAAACAACGGUCAGCUGAACUGUUGAAGUUAUGCAGUUUGAAUUACACGGAUUCUAUCUUUAUUUCCAAGUGCAAGUUAACGAAAACCAUUAGGUGAUUAUAGUGUUGUUGAAUAUUGAUUUGAUUAACAAAUCACCAAAAGGGGGUUUAAGGAGAUUGAUUGAUUGUAUAUAUUUGAUGAUGAUGAGGGUGAAUUUGGAGCCAAAGAUGGUGUCAAUCCAAGGGUAAAAUUACACCUUUUUUGUCCAGUUUUUAUCUUUUUUUUUUCUUCUUUUAGAUAUAUUGUUUCAGUUUUUCAAUUUUGGAAUAUAAGUAUAUUUCUUUGAUCUUCUAUUGGAAUGGUUAUUGUGUCAUUGUUCGUUUUAA